AUGGAUGUGACCAAACCAGAGUUGCGAUGCCUCCUUGCGGGAGGUGCGGGCGGUUCAGCCCGCACACGUCGUAAGCGCAACAAUCCACAGCAUGAGUCACCACCAAGCCUGGCUACUGCUUUGACAAAUGUGAUCCAGCAGUGGCAGCCUAGCAAUCAAAAUACGCCUGAAGACCACACUUGGGGGUGGCGGAAAAGAAGGAAACAAGCAAAUAAUUCAUGGCAAGGAUACCGGGCUGACAGCUCUCCUGACACCAGCCUUGCUCGCGAAUUGCUACAGCUUCUCCAGAAACUUUGCGCAAACCAAGCAAGUGACCAGGAAGUGAUCACAGCCACCAGCAGGCUGAUUGACACCAACCAAGGACACAGCCGUGACCUUGGGAAACCAGUUGCGGUCAGGGAAGUCAGAUACAGCAAGCCCCAGAGUGGAGCGAAAGCUUCAAAUCAUGGUGCCAAUCGCUGGGGAAAACAGACCAACCCCAACCGAGGCUGCAGCCAUCAAGAUAUCACUGGUUUUGUGCCCAGCGAAUGGAAUGCCCAACCAAAGUUCCUAUCCGUGCAUGAGAUCAUUUCUCAGAUAAAAGCAGGAAUAGCCUUGCAAGCCAACAUCACCGAAGUUUACACCAAAGAACAGUGUGCGAACCUGCGCACCCUUUGGCAUAGCUAUGGGUGCAAGGGCUCUUUGACCAUGCUGCUCACAAAGGAUGCCAAAGACACCCUGGGGGCCACGGCUACCCGUGUUCGCAUAUCCAGGGCGCAUGGCACACCGAAAAUUGAAGAAAUAGCUCUCCUGCGCUUAGGAGAUACCAACAGUGGAUUGUGGAUCUUGCCCGCAGUCAAAGUUGAUGAGGGGAAAAUCAAAACAGUCCAAAGAAGCACUGUCAGAGUCAUUGCACCUUUGGAAUUCCGAAAGCACUUCUUGGAUUCAGGCCAAGACCUACCCAGAUUGGUGGCGGCUGCCAUGGCCCAGUGGAGUGAAAAAAUAAAAGCCUCUCACCUCAUGGGUGGCAAAUGGAAUCACACGCAGGUCCAUCAACAAGACUUGCUCACAGGCUGGCUGAUUUUGCCAACAGAACAGGCUAAGGAGCUUGUUGUCAAUAGCGGUCGCCAGGGUGUUUUUGCCCAGAUCCAAGAAAACAAUACUGGACCCAGGCCCAUCCGUUGGUUUCAACGACAGAACAACGAAAAUGCCGAGACCUAUUUGCAAAGAUGUCUCAAGGAAGCUAAGCUCAGGAAAGUUGGCCUUUUUUUUCGAAAAAGCAGCACACCACACACCAUUGGCAUGGAAAAAACAGCAGCAGAAAUAGCUGAGGGCCAAGCGGCCAACUACCUCCUCCGAGGGGCUCCAAAGAUGUGGCAGACUGAAGAGAUCGAAGAUUUUCUCAAUCAACAGAAAUGGAAAGCCGUGCAACGCAUUUCCAAAGUGAGAUAUCGAAACGAAUGGCGUUUUCAUGCCCAGCCACCUUCAGCUAUGCAGGAAAAUUACCAUUACGAUUUGGCAGAAGGCUACAUGUCAUGCAUCCCAGCUCCUGUCAGACAACACCAGCCAACCUGGCAACAACCUGUCAGAAACACAUGGCGAGGAAAUGAGCUGGGGAAAAUUGGAAAUGAAGCCAACAAUCCUGGCGAUACCGGUGACGUCAUGGCAACUGCUCUGGAUCAGGACUCCAGUCAAGCUUCACAAAAAGAGGCUGGUAGGGAAAGAAGUCGGAGCCCAGUUCGCUCCAAGCAGCGGCAGGCUGUUGCAGAUGACCCAGAUUUGAUCCCAACAGACAUCGCGGAAUGUUUCAAAAAUGGCUGGGAAAGUCAAGAUGUUGGUGGCAAUGGAGAUUGUUUUUAUCGAAGUAUUGCUGCUUGUCAACACUGGCAAAAGCAUCAUAAGUUGAUCACUGCUGAAACUGCUGCCCUCUGCGGGGCAGAGCUUCGUGCGUCAGCUGUUUUGCACGCCCAGAAGCAUAGUAGCAGGCUCUCUAGCUGGUUUGCGCCAGAUUCCAAAGAAACCCCCGCUGAAAGGGGGUGCAAUCCGCAGGCAACGAACAUCAGUGAAUGGUGUGAACUGCAGAUGAAACAGGAAGUCUGGGCAGAUGGCCUUAGCAUCCAGUGCCUGGCUGAGACCUUGGGACUUGUCAUUGUGAUUUUCAAACAAUCAGAGGAUAGAUGGGGCAGAUUCACAUUCGCACCUGGCUUUAAGCAGGAUGUUGCAAUGAGCAGACGCAAUGGACUCAUGAUGUCCAUUCGCAGUCUUGCAUGUCGCAUGCUCCUGACCGGAGACACAACGCUUCGAAGAGGACGACAUUCUGAGCCACUUGUGCAAGCUAGGGAUACUGCUCGUGCCAAACGAAACACCAGAGAUCGCCUAGGGCCCAAGUUCAAAGCCAUCGCCAGCAUCCAAGCAAAACAGGCCAUUUUGGCCAAAGCCAACAAGCAAGCCGCAGCGGCAAAGCUGUGCACGGUCAAAGAGCAGAGAGCACAAAGGGCGGAAGCAAACAGAUUGCAGAGACAAGAUAGAGAGCGAGUCAGCCGCAUCAGCUCCGAGUCAGGGCAGCUGAUCCACGCUGUGCUGCACGGGGGGCAACGGGACAUCAACGUCCUCUGUAUUUACCGGCACCACAGUGAUGCCGAUUUUGCCAUUUUGCAUGAAGCUGCGCUGAUUGUUAGCCGCCUAGGUGUUCUGUUGCUCGACAUGACCGGAGUGUUCACCCAAUUGAUGCAAUUUGGUCUUCGGGAGGGCUUCAAGCCUCCAGUGCCUCCGAAAUUCCAGGUGAUGGAGACCACACCAUCGCACAGAGCUCCUUCCCUCUUGCAUUUCAAAAAUGUAAGGCAACUCCAAGAUGCGCACCGCAACGAUGCACUUCAGAAAUGGCGCGCCCGAAUGCGCGAUCUCCCACAAGCUUGUCAGUGGCUCAGGAAGGAAGAAGAUGACUUCCCUGAUCCAUUACCCACACCUAAUCUUCCGCCCAUCACAGGGGGCAUGGCCGGAAGCCACUUGUUACUGGAAGAUCGCAGCCCUGCCAAGAAAAGGCAUGGCACUUUGCCUUCAUUGGGUGAAGUCAGACCAAUCGCAAUCGGCUCAGCCAUCUAUCGUAUUUGGGGCAGAAUCAGAUUGGGCCAUCUGGCUCCCAUUCUAGCUCAAUAUCUGGAUCGGAACCAGUCGGGGGGCAUCGGCGGAGAGGACGUCUCCUCCCUUCUAUUGACUUUGGACAUCGAUCUUGAUCCCACAAAAUUUCCGUGCCUCAUGGCACUAGAUUUUACCAAGGCAUUUGACUCUUGCGAUUACACUUUGGCUCUGGCCGUCAUGUCCCGGCUUGGCCUUCCUGCCCGUGUGGUCAAUCUUUUGGGAGCACAAUGGCGGCGACAGAAACGUUGGAUGUCUUUUGCAGGGGUGUGCGCGCGGCUCCCUAUCCAAAAUUGUUUGGCAUUACCCCAAGGAGAUCCCUGGUCUCCCAUAGCAAUGUCACUGGUUCUCAUGCUUGCGAAGCGGCACCAAGAGAGGUUGGUUCCGGAGUCCAGAUGCUUGCUGUACCUCGAUGAUCGCACGCUUGUUGCUCCCACUCCCGGCAUCCUGGCCGCAGCUCUUAAUGCUUGGAAUGUGCUCCAUGCCCACACUCGACUCCGCACUAAUUCCAGCAAAACCCAAGUGCUGGGGCGAAAUUGGAAGGGGUAUCUGGCGUUGCAGGCGGCUAAUCUGUCGCCGACUGCCACGGCUGAAGUGCUGGGUGUCACCAUUGGCAUCGCGCCCAGAGCUCAAUCCAAUGCUGAACUGUCCCGUGCCAAAAAAUGCACAACGAUUGCACAGCGUAUUAGUGUUUUGCCGGUAUCCCAAAACUUCCGGGCCGGCCUCGCGGCCCUUACUCUUGCUUCCAAGAGGGUCAAAGGGUGGCUGGCAUCUGACCGCAAUGAUGCCAAGCUGGCCCGGGCAAACAAUUUGGCUAUUUCUGAUAACCUAAUCACUAAGCUUCACCGGGCGGCCACACAUCUGUCCGCGCAUGAGAUUGGAAUCAUGUCUGGUGCUUUGAAAACUGACGCGAAAGCGUCGUCACCACCUAUGUUUUGCCAUGAAUGUAAGAAACAUCAGUGUCCUGACACUUUCCAUGUGCUUUGGCAGUGUAGCCACUGGGACCACCUGAGACGUGUCCCUCCCAGCAGAUGUCCUUUGGUUAACAGAUUAGGCUGGGGUCCUGAAGGGGUCGACCUUGUUCGUGUGAAACAAUGCGCGCAUAUCCGGGAGCAAUUGUGCAAAGUCCAAGCCGGACGCAACUACUCCCGUCCCGAGCCUUUUGACAUGGGCCAGAACAAUUUGGAUCCUCACAUUGCUCGUGGGGAGGGCGUGACUGCCCUUCCUGUGGUGUAG